AUGUCCCAUCCAACGCAGCUUGACAGCCACGAAGACAAGAAGGCGCUCGAGCCUGAGACCGUCCCUUCUCUCCACAGGGACGAUGCUUCAUCCGCCGAAGCGGCGCAAGAGAAGAGCGUUGGUGUGAGCAAAGUAGAGACAUUCAACAAGGUCCUCUACCAGUCAGGUCGAUCCGGAAAAUUUCUGCUCUGGUCCUUGGCCGUCUCUAUUGGUCUCACCAUGUUUGUCUACGCCUUUGAUCAAGGAAUUACCACCACCAUCUUCUCACCUUGGGCCACUUCUUCUUUCGGUGAACACGCCAACCUUGCUGCUGUGAGCACCGCCAGUCAGAUCAUCCGCGCCAUCUCCAAGCCCUUCAUCGGCAAGCUUGCCGAUAUUACUUCCCGACCCACGACAUACGCUGUCGUGUUGGUCUUUUACGUUGUUGGUUUCGUGGUCGCUGCUUCGGCCCAAACCUUCGCAGCAUACACUGUCGGCAUGGCUUUCACCGCCGCGGGAAAGAGCGGUCUCGAUCUCUUGAGCGAUAUCAUUGUUGGUGACUUGACCGUGUUGGAGUGGAGAGGGUUCUUUGGGGCUGUCUUGUCUGUCCCCUUCCUGGUCACUGUCCCCAUCAACGGCUUCAUCACCGAAGGAUUGCAAGACAACUGGCGAUGGGGCAUGGGCAUGUUUGCCAUCAUGGUCCCUGUCCUGCUUCUCCCGGCUAUCGCUACGCUCUACGUGAUGCAAUUCCGUGGCAAGAAGCUCGGUAUGGUCACCAUGGCUGGCUCGAAUAAUGAGCGUACCGGGGUCGAUGGUCAAUCCCGCACCUGGCGGCAGUCGCUCAAGCAGGGCCUGAUCGAGAUCGACCUUUUCGGUCUCGUCCUCCUUGGUUUCGGAUUCAGUAUGCUCCUCUUGCCCUUCACCCUCCGCAAGGCCGCCGUUGGUGGAUGGAAGAACCCCUCCAUGAUCGCCAUGUUGGUCACCGGACCCGUCAUCCUUGGUCUCUUCCUCCUGUGGGAGAUGAGGUUUGCUCCCAAGCCUCUCAUGACUCGAAAGAUUCUGUUCAACCGAGCGGUCAUUGCGUCUAUCAUCAUCGGCAGCUUGAGUCAACUCGCUUCUGCUGUGCGCAACACCUAUUUCUACUCCUACAUCAGUGUUAUCACCCCGUGGAGCACCUACACUCAAACCAUCUUUGUUGGUAUCACCACCACGGGUCUCUGUCUCGUUGGGCCUAUCGUUGGUCUGAUUCAGCGACGAACCUACCGAUACAAGUCGCUCAUGGUGUUUGGAAACUCUUGUCGAAUCAUUGCCUACGGUAUUCUGGUGGUCGGUGGCUCGAACGAGAUGACCCGUUCUACCGCCCGUCUCACGGUUGCUCAGCUCAUGUUCUUCGGCUCCCAAGCUUCCGUUCCCCACGAGGACAUGGCUUCCGUCAUCGCCAUCAUCUCCCUCUGGUCUACCCUCGGCUCUUCCAUCGGUGGUGCUAUCGCUGCCGCCAUCUGGACCGACAUGAUGCCCGAUGAACUCGCCCGCCAGCUUCCCGAUGUCCCCGCUGCCACCCGUACCAAGCUCUACGGUUCCAUCACCGCCAUCACCAAGUACAGCUUUGACGACCCCGUCCGACAGGGCUGUAUCCGAGCGUACGCGGUCGUCAAUGGACACAUUGCCAUUGCUGCCCUUUGUCUCGCUACUAUUCCUCUCAUUGCCACCUUCUACAUGCCCAACUUCUAUCUCGGAAAGCAGCAGAACGCUGUGAACGGUACCGGGCUUGACGGCGAGAAGGUGGUGGUCGACGACGGAAACAGGACAGAGGCGGAGGCCUUUCCCGCUGGUGAGGAAAGUGCCCCCAAGGGUCAGCAGAAGUUGAUCCAAAGGCUGAGGGUUCUGUACCAAAAAUAG